AUGUCUGAGCAUGAACUAGAAUCCGUGGAUGUGAUGGCUGCUAAUGUCAUCGCAGCUGGUACAGAUAAAAAAACUAGAAGAAUUGUUAAUGGUUUUGGAGGUAUGAUGGGUUCUAAAGAAAUUACUUCACCACAUUUCCUUGAAGAACAAAAAAAAGAGAAAGAAAGAGAAAAUUUAAAUAAUAUGUUGGCAAAAGAUAAAGCUGAAAAGGCCAAAUAUUCAAAACAAAAACAUAUUUCUGAACAACCUUGGACUUUACAAAAUUGGCAUCAACAUGUUAAUUGGUUAAAUUUUAUAUUAGUUGUUUUAAUUCCAUCAAUUGGUUUAUAUUCAACAAAACAUGUCCCAUUAAAAUUACCAACAGCUAUAACUGCCGUUAUUCUUUAUGCUUUCGGUGGGUUAUCAAUUACAGCUGGUUACCAUAGAUUAUGGUCUCAUAAAUCUUAUAAUGCUAAAGCUCCGGUACGUAUUUUCUGGGCUUUAUUUGGUGCUGCUGCCGUUGAAGGUUCAAUCAAAUGGUGGGGUCAUUCUCAUAGAAUUCAUCAUAGAUAUACUGAUACCCCAAGAGAUCCAUAUGAUGCUAAUAGAGGUUUCUGGUAUUCUCAUAUGGGUUGGAUGUUGAUGAAACCAAAUCCAAAAUAUAAAGCAAGAGCUGAUAUUUCAGAUUUAAUUGAUGAUUGGGUUGUUAGAGUUCAACAUCGUCAUUAUUUGUUCUUUAUGUUAUUCAUGUCUUUUAUUUUCCCAACUUUAGUUUGUGGUUAUUUCUUUAAUGAUUAUUUAGGUGGUUUCAUUUAUGCUGGUAUUUUAAGAGCUUGUUUCAUUCAACAAGCUACCUUCUGUGUUAACUCAUUAGCUCAUUGGAUUGGUUCUCAACCAUUCGAUGAUAGAAGAACUCCAAGAGAUCAUUUCUUAACUGCUUUAGUUACUUUUGGUGAAGGUUAUCAUAAUUUCCAUCAUGAAUUCCCAUCAGAUUAUAGAAAUGCUAUUAAAUGGUAUCAAUAUGAUCCAACUAAAGUUGUCAUUUGGUUAUGUUCAAAAGUUGGUUUAGCUUCAGAUUUGAAAACUUUUUCACAAAAUGCAAUUGAACAAGGUCUUGUUCAACAACAACAAAAAAAAUUAGAUGCUCAAAGAUCAAAAUUAAAUUGGGGUACACCAUUAUCUCAUUUACCAAUUUGGGAUAGAUCUGAAUUUUUUGAAAAAUCAAAAGAUAAAAAAGGUCUUGUUAUUAUAAGUGGUAUUGUUCAUGAUGUUGCAGGUUAUAUUUCAGAACAUCCAGGUGGUCAAGCUUUAUUAAAAUCUUCAAUUGGUAAAGAUGCUACCAAAGCUUUCAAUGGUGGUGUUUAUUUACAUUCAAAUGCUGCACAUAAUUUAUUAGCUACAAUGAGAGUUGCAGUUAUUAGAGAUUCAGGUGCAAGUAAUCAAACAUUUGAUCCAAGUGUUGGAUUCAAUAAAAAAGCUGAAUAA